CAUUUGAAGCGCGGUCAAGUUUAAACGUUUUUGCUAUGGCGCUUAGUGCAGUCAGAUUCUUGCGUCUUCCAGUUUACUUAAGAUAUAGAUUAUACAGUACGGAAAGUGCAUCAGCAGUAACACACACUGGCCAGACGUUCUCGCUAAAUGACCCAUCAGUUGCAAGAUUUACUAUCGGUGAUAAGUUGGUCAAUAAGCAAUUCGCAGAAAAGCUGAUAGCAGAGGUUACCCCGAUCGCUUGCGAAGAAAAUAUAAUCAGUUGCGACGGUGGUGGUGGUGCACUUGGGCAUCCUAAAGUAUACAUCAACUUGGACCAACCAGGUAAUCAUACUUGCGGGUACUGUGGUUUGCGAUUUUACCUAGACAAAAAAAGCAACUGAAACCUACGACAACCACGAUUUAGAACAGAAAAAUAUCCUACUUUGUGUGUUAUGACAUCAUGUUUUGAUGAAUAUCCUUGUGCUUUUAGAAGUUUGUGAAGUGUUACUGAAAAUAGCUUACAAUCAAAUACAGUAUAUAUUCUUCCCU